AUGUGCAUUUCAGUGAUUUCGGAUGCCUCGUUCAAUUCUUCGAGCUCGCUCUUGAGCUCCUCCUUAACGUACUCAGUCGGAACGAACGGUCUGGAAUCCUCGUCUUCGUCAUUGCUUCCGCUCCAUUUCGAAAGAAGAACUUCAUUGCUCCCCAGUGACGCGGAAGCAGAAUCACUGCGAUAUUGGGGUUCUCCCUUUGCAAGGGAGGUGUGAUGUUCGUCUUGCUCUGUAUUCACAUUGGCGUCUUGCUCUGUAUUCACAUUGGCCCUCUUGGAUGAUGGUCCAUCAUCUUCAGAUUGAGAAUUUCUUUGACGCUUGUUGCCAGUGCAACCUUGCUGUGAAUUCAUUCGCUCUCACGGAAGAGAAACUAGACGCGACUGUGGAGAUUGGGAUCCCUCGCCGUCACGAUGAAAGGUGAGUCCAGCUGCAAGCCGCUACUGCCGUGAUGCCAAAUGAUAGGAUCAAAGUGGGAUCAAACGGCCGAAAUCGUGCUGGUGCCCAAUCAUCAUGCGUAUCAUAAACGUUGCAACUUGUCUUUACUGCACACACGUGUGUCAUGCAUAUCCUGUAUUACAAGCAUACCAUGUAUUCCACGUACACACGUGUAAAAGUACUUCUCUUUAUUCAGCAUUUAAAUACAAUGCAGGUCGGAAACCUGACAACGGGUUCGUAGCUCAGUGGUUUGCACAUUGUAGAGCAAUCGACUGCAGAUCGAUAGGUCGCGUGUUCGACUCACGCCGGACCCUGUCCUUUCUCUUUU